CACCACCUGCUGUGCAAGCACAAGGACCCGAGUUCAAUCCCCAGUACCAAAAAAACCCCACAAAAAACUAAAGGGAGAAAAUGUCAAGGGAAAAACUAAGAUUACCAGCUUAUUUCGAAGUAGUUUGAACCUUGAUACUCAUUGUGGAUGUCUUCAAGAAUCCUUUUGCGAUGAUAGCCCCUCCAGGAGUGAAGAAAAGAUAGUGGACACAUCAGUCAGAGAGAGACCCCUUGAAGGGUGAAUUGCUUCUAAGUGGUGCAGAAUUGCUUUUGUCAUCUAGGAGGUUAAUGGUAGACCUUUCAUUAGUGUCAUUUUUCUUCUUGGUAUAACCAGCUCUCUGUGACUCCCUCUGAGUGACUUUCAAACGUUUUAAAAAUUUUCUUUAAAAAAAAAUUCUCUUUGCUACAACCCUUAAUAAGAAAUGCCUCAUAUCAAAAAUGUUAAUGAAUGGGCUGGGGAUUUAGCUCACUGGUUCCGCAGCCUGCCUUGCAAGCGCAAGGUCCUGAGUGUUUGAUCCCCGGCACCAAAAAAAAAAGCCUGCCAUUCUUGUCCUGUAAUGGCACAGUUACUUGCCACUUUGCAUAUUUCAAUUUGAUCUCCAGUUCUUAUUUGUUUUUAGUCACUUUUUACCCCAGUCACCCCUCUCCUUUCUUGGUACUGGGGAUUGAACUUGGGACCUUGCACUUUCCAGGCAGGCGCUGGAACCACUAAGCUAAAUCCCUGGCCCCACCCCCUUCCUUUUGCUAGCGAUCUUGGGAUCUUGAACUUGGAAUCUUCAUACUGAGCUACAUCCUCAGCUCUUUUAUAUUCUUUUAUUUUGAGACAGAGUCUCAUUACAUCACCAAAUUGCCCAGGGUGGCCUCAGACUUGUGAUCCUCCUGCCUCAGCUUCCUAGAGUGCUGGGCUUACCACUGUGUCCUGCUUAGACUUUAUAUUUUAGAGUAGUUUUUGGUUUACAAAAAAACUGAGCAAUUAAUCCUGUACAGUUUCCUGUUAUUAACAUUUUGCAUUGGUGUAGUACAUUUGUUAAAAUUGGUGAGCUAAUAGCCUUAAUUGUUUUUUGUUUUUUGUUUUUUUGGUACUGGGGUUCGAACUCGGGUCCUUAGUUUGUGCGGCAGGCGGCGGAACCACUGAGCUAAAUCCCCGGCCCUGAGCUGAGACUCCAAAGUGCCAAGAACCCUGUCAAGUGGUAGUGUGGGAUAUGACCUACCUCGGCUACCAGGGAAGUCAGACAGGAGCCAAGGGGUGCCACUUGGUGUGGCCCUGAAGAAAAUUUUCCAUGGAUGACUGGAACACCCUCUGUAUUACUCCCUGAAAUCACACUUUGGUUUCUUUCUGAUGCUUGGAAACUAUUCUAUGAGCUACAAAGAUGGUAAUAAAUCUUUGCCUCCCACAGUUCAGACCAAGAAUUCACUGCAACAAGAUAUCAGCUGAUGGUUAUGAAGUAGAAAAUCUCAUCUCUGAAGACCUCACAAAGAGAAGCCAUGGUUUUAGGACAGAGUAUUUCAUUAAGCCACCAGUCCACGUGACAGUUUCCUUUCCCUUUAAUGUGGAAAUCUGUAGGAUUCACUUAGACCUCACAGCUUGGGGCAGCCAGAAUGUCACUGGCCUGGAGAUGUACACGUCCACCUUAUCCAGCAGAGCCUCUUGGAGUGGGCCCAAGUGCCAGGGCCUCGGCUCCACCGAGCCCUCUGUGCCCAACAAAGAGGCGUUCACCUUGGUCGGCAAAGUCUUGCUGAAGAACCAGAGCCAAGUGGUAUUCAGCCACCGGGGCUUCAAGGCCAGGCCACCUUUUAGCCCAGUGGAAGUCACACUUCCCUCCCCUGCAGUUAUGGCCCAGGAGCUCUGGAAUAAAGGGACUCUUUCCCUUUGCCAUGUGGCCCACCUCAGGAUCUGCAUCACCCACGUGACGGGCAGUGGUGUCCCUUGCAUCAAGAGGUUGGAGGUGUGGGGUCAGCCGGCCAAGACUUGCUCUCAGGAGGUGAUAGACAGUGUCUUGCUGGUGGCCUCAGAGAGUAUACCUCAGGACCUGGCCCUGCAGAACCGAGCCUUGCCCAUGGAGAGUGACUGUCACUCCGAAGGCCAAUCUGAGGGCCAGCAGGCCCCUUCCAGCCUGCGAGAGCUGGCUGAGGUGAUUUGGGAAGUGCCUGAGGAGUUCCUGGAUCCCAUCACCCUGGAGAUCAUGCCCUGCCCCAUGCUGCUGCCCUCGGGCAAGGUCAUCGAUCAGAGCACCCUAGAGAAGUGUAACCGCAGUGAGGCCACUUGGGGCCGAGUGCCCAGUGACCCAUUCACAGGCAUUGCCUUCACCCCGCACUCCCAACCCCUGCCACACCCCACCCUGAAGGCCCGCAUAGACCACUUCCUGCUCCAGCACUCUGUCCCUAGCUGCCACCUGCUUGGGAGAGCACAGGCUGCAUCAGCAGUGACCCCUUCUUCCAUAACCCUGCCUUCUCGGAAAAGGAAGCUGGAGCAGGGGCACCGGGCCCCAGACAGUAGCCUUGGUGUGAACACUUCCUGCUUUCGGACCACAAACUUUCUGGUCUCUUCCACUGCUUCAGAACAUUCCACCAAGAAAAUGAAGGCCACCGACGAGCCUAUCCUGAUGCACAUGGACUGCUCCACAGAAUCAGUGUCCCAUGAGCAAAAGCUGUCACAAAGCUUGGAAAUGGCCUUGAUGACCACCCUUGGCUCUAUGCCUUCCUUCACACCCCGGCUGAAUAGGGGACAGCUCCAGCACCUGGGCACAAGAGGAAGCAGCACUUCGGGGAGGCCAGGCGCCAGCUCAGGGCAGCCUGGCUGCCACCCAGGCCCCGAGUGCACCUCCUGCAAAAGAGUGUUUUCUUCCUACUUCAAAAAGGAGCCCAUGUACCAGCUGCCCUGUGGCCACCUCCUGUGCCGCCCUUGCCUGGGUGAGAAGCAGCACUCCCUGCCCAUGACCUGCACAGCCUGCCAGCAGCCCUUCACCAGCCAGGAUGUGCUGCGGGUGCACUUCUGACUGACCAGCCUCAGCUGGAGACAGCCAUCACUGGAAGGAGCCAGUGGGGAGCAGGAUUGGGGUCACAGCACCUCUGCGGUUUGGCCAGAGACAGGCACAGAGCUGCCUGUUCUCUUUCUGGGCUUUGUCACCUCACAGUGCAGCACAGGGGUGGGGGGCAGGCUUACUUCUAUUCAGGUGGCCACAAGAUAAAGCCAUAGACUGGGUAGGGAGGGUUGGGGAGAUAUCCCUGCUCUCCUGUACCUCCCUGCCAUGCCCCUGCCAACACCUGCCCAGGGUGGGCACCCCUCCUGAAGGCAUCCCACAUUGUCUGCACACCCCCUCCCAGCAAAGCCUGCAGAGUGGGGCACAGUGAACUGCUCAGGGUCACCCAGAAGUAAACCACACGGGGCUUGGGGUGCAUGACUCAGCCCCUGCCCCCAGCUGGCAACACCUGUGGCCUUAAUAAAGUGAUGGUUGACGUCCUC